GCGGGCCUGGGACCAGGGCGGGAGUGGCCAGCGGGGAAAGGCUAGACUACUUUCGUGGGGCGUGCACUGAGCUGCCCGGUCCGAGGGCCUCUUGGGCCACUCGAGCCGGGAGAACUGACAGUGCAUUAGCUCCCAGCCUGCGUCCCAGGGCAACAGAGUAUCCUCCAGGGCUCCCUGGGCCAAUGGCAGGAGGGGAGCCUUGUUUUACAUGUUACACUUCGACAAAAGGGAAACGUCGCCGCAUCCGGGAGAGGGCUGCGGGCACCGCCUGGGCCCGGCCUUAUCCCUCCGGCCCCCGCCCCCUACUUCCUCCAGCCCCCUGAACUCUGCCGCCAUACCCCUGUGGGCUCUGGGUCUUCCUCACGGGCUUCCAGUCUGAGUUCUUGUCUCCACCCCGUGUGCCCUGCCGCCCAGUCCCAGUGGGACAUCUGCCGGGAGCUCUGUGCUACUUUGGGAGCCAGGGCGACAGAGAUGCAGGAUACACCAGGGACCGACCCAUCAUUGAAAGAGAAGAGCUUGCCUGUUCCUCUGAUUGGUUUGUGUUUAAAGACACAGCUGCAGGUAGGAAGUAAAAGUGAGUUGGAGUAGAGGGAGUAGUUUUACCGAUGUAGAAGUCAGGGGCACUGACAGAGAGGCUGGAGCAGCCCACUUGGCUUGGCUAAGUCACAGGAGAGAAGCCAAGAGAUGUCACCGUUUGUCUAGGAGCUCAGGGUGGCUUUGCCUGGAAUGAUGCCAACACCCUAGCUGAAUUGUUGAAGUCAGCUAGGCCUGGAGAAAUUGGGGCAGUCUCUGACCACGUUGGGCUUCCUGGGGGCUGGUGCCAUCUGCUGUCACUACUCACCCAGGAACAUUGGAGAGGAGGAAGGGAAGGCCCUAAGGACCAGCAUGGAACUGAAUGUGCCUAGAUUGUCAUGCUCUUGUUUGUACUCUUAAGUACCUGGUUAUCACUCCCAGAGCCAGGGCCAGGGCAUAGGCUUCCCCUAAACACCUCAGAAAUGAACUGCUUCUUUCUGUAAUGCAAUGAUUUCUGCUGGUGACCAGGAUUAAAUCAUUGGCUAUCCAUUCAAACUUCUACAUGGGUUAACACUAGCCUUCAUCUGUCAGAUGAUCUGAUGAUCCCCUCAUUCAGUAUUCAUUAAACAAGUUCUUUAUUCAUUUGCCAAAAACUGAGUGUCCACUACAUGCCAGGUCCUGGGAAUGUAUAGAGGUGGGUAGGCUCUCUGAUGUCUGCACUGUAUAGCACCUGGUCUAGUGGGAGGAGACAAAGAACUUCCAGUGUGGUAAGUGCCUUGGUGGAGAUGACAAUGGAAUGCUAUGGAAACACAGCCCUCCGUGGGAAAGACAAAUCAUAACAGAAGAAGUGACAUUUGAGUUGGGUUUUGAAGAAUGAGUAGGAGCUCACCAAUCAGGAUGGAAACCAUUUCAAAUCUUGCAGGAAUGAGAGGUUAUAACAUUCAGGGAAUGGCAAAUUGCCCAGGGUAGACAGAAGCACAGCUGUAACUAGUGAAAAGAAGAGUCUGGAAAGGAGGACUAGGGCCAAUGAAAGGGGUACCUUGAAUAUCAUCAUAGGAAAUUUGGAUAUUAUCCUGAAAUAAGUGGGGAGCAUCAGGAAGCUUUUAAUCAAAAGAUUACAUGGCUGUUGCUACUUGGUAAAAGAUCAUUCUGGCCACAUUAUAUGAAGUUAAGCUAGAAUAGUUGAGAUAUGGGGCAGGAUGACCAGGCAGGAGGCGAUGAGGCCCAGACUGCCCAUGGUAUGGAGGUGAUGGCAUUUGGAGUCACUGUAAAGGUGGGCUGGCCAGGACCUUUGGGGAGAAGGGGAGGGCUGGAGAGAGUAGUGGAUGACCAGGAACUCUUCCCCAGGCCUGUGCUAACUGAUGUGUACAUUCUAGAUGUGACAGCAUGGGGGUGGACUUUGAUGUGAAGACUUUCUGCCACAACUUGCGGGCAACUAAGCCACCAUAUGAGUGCCCCGUGGAGACCUGCCGUAAGGUCUACAAGAGUUACAGUGGUAUUGAGUACCACCUAUAUCACUAUGACCACGACAACCCACCACCCCCGCAGCAGACUCCACUCCGCAAGCACAAAAAGAAGGGGCGCCAAUCACGCCCAGCCAACAAGCAGUCGCCCAGCCCCUCAGAGGUAUCCCAGUCACCCGGCCGUGAGGUGAUGAGCUAUGCGCAGGCCCAGCGCAUGGUGGAGGUGGACCUGCACGGCCGAGUCCACCGCAUCAGCAUCUUUGACAACCUGGAUGUGGUGUCAGAGGAUGAGGAGGCCCCUGAGGAGGCUCCUGAGACUGGUAGCAACAAGGAGAACACCGAGACACCAGCUGCUACUCCCAAGUCAGGCAAGCAUAAGAACAAGGAAAAGCGCAAGGACUCCAACCAUCACCACCACCAUAAUGCUUCUGUGAGCACCACUCCCAAGCUGCCAGAGGUGGUAUACCGGGAGUUGGAGCAGGACACCCCUGAUGCCCCACCCCGGCCGACUUCCUAUUACCGGUACAUUGAGAAGUCGGCCGAGGAGCUGGACGAGGAAGUAGAGUAUGACAUGGACGAGGAGGACUACAUCUGGCUGGAUAUCAUGAAUGAGCGGCGGAAGACAGAGGGUGUGAGUCCCAUCCCGCAGGAGAUCUUUGAGUACCUAAUGGACCGGCUGGAGAAGGAGUCCUACUUUGAAAGCCACAAUAAAGGUGACCCCAAUGCACUAGUGGAUGAGGAUGCUGUGUGCUGUAUCUGCAAUGAUGGUGAGUGCCAGAACAGCAAUGUCAUCCUAUUCUGUGACAUGUGCAACCUGGCUGUGCACCAAGAGUGCUACGGUGUCCCCUACAUCCCUGAGGGCCAGUGGCUGUGCCGCCGCUGCCUACAGUCACCCUCCCGGGCUGUGGACUGUGCCCUGUGCCCCAACAAGGGUGGUGCCUUCAAGCAGACAGAUGACGGGCGCUGGGCCCAUGUGGUGUGUGCCCUGUGGAUCCCUGAAGUCUGCUUUGCCAACACAGUCUUCCUGGAGCCUAUCGACAGCAUCGAGCACAUCCCACCAGCUCGCUGGAAGCUGACCUGCUAUAUUUGCAAACAGCGGGGCUCAGGGGCAUGCAUUCAGUGCCACAAGGCCAACUGCUACACAGCCUUCCACGUGACAUGUGCCCAGCAGGCUGGCCUUUACAUGAAGAUGGAGCCUGUGCGAGAGACAGGUGCCAAUGGCACUUCUUUCAGUGUCCGCAAGACGGCCUACUGUGACAUCCACACACCCCCAGGUUCAGCACGCCGCUUGCCUGCCCUGUCCCACAGUGAGGGUGAGGAGGAUGAGGAUGAGGAGGAGGAUGAGGGUAAGAGUUGGAGCUCAGAGAAGGUCAAGAAGGCCAAGGCCAAGUCCCGGAUCAAGAUGAAGAAGGCACGGAAGAUCCUGGCAGAGAAACGGGCCGCAGCACCUGUGGUGUCGGUGCCCUGCAUCCCACCACACAGGCUCAGUAAAAUCACCAACCGCCUGACCAUCCAAAGGAAGAGCCAGUUCAUGCAGAGGCUACACAGCUACUGGACGCUGAAACGACAGUCACGAAAUGGAGUCCCGCUGCUACGUCGCCUGCAGACACAUCUGCAGUCUCAGAGGAAUUGUGACCAAGUUGGGAGAGAUUCUGAGGAUAAGAACUGGGCCCUCAAAGAACAGCUCAAGUCCUGGCAGCGCCUCCGGCAUGACCUGGAGCGAGCUCGGCUGCUGGUGGAGCUGAUCCGCAAGCGGGAGAAACUCAAAAGGGAGACGAUCAAGGUCCAGCAGAUCGCCAUGGAGAUGCAGCUGACCCCCUUCCUCAUCCUCCUUCGCAAAACCUUGGAGCAGCUCCAAGAAAAGGACACAGGCAACAUCUUCAGCGAGCCGGUCCCUCUGUCUGAGGUACCUGACUACCUAGACCACAUCAAAAAGCCCAUGGACUUUUUCACCAUGAAGCAGAACUUGGAGGCUUACCGCUACCUGAACUUUGAUGAUUUUGAGGAGGACUUCAACCUUAUCGUCAGCAACUGCCUCAAGUAUAACGCCAAGGACACCAUCUUCUACCGGGCAGCAGUGCGGCUCCGAGAACAGGGUGGCGCUGUGCUCCGCCAGGCCCGGCGCCAGGCAGAAAAAAUGGGCAUUGACUUUGAGACGGGCAUGCAUAUCCCCCACAGCCUGGCUGGAGAUGAGGCCCCACAGCACACUGAAGAUGCAGCAGAGGAAGAGCGGCUGAUCCUGCUAGAGAACCAGAAGCACCUGCCAGUGGAAGAGCAGCUGAAGUUGUUGCUGGAGCGGCUGGAUGAGGUGAAUGCCAGCAAGCAGAGUGUGAGUCGUUCACGGCGUGCAAAGAUGAUCAAGAAAGAGAUGACGGCACUGCGGCGGAAGCUUGCCCACCAGCGGGAAACUGGAAGGGAUGGGCCUGAGCGUCAUGGCCCCUCCAGCCGGGGCAGCCUGACACCCCACCCGGCAGCAUGUGACAAGGACGGGCAGACAGACAGUGCCGCCGAAGAGAGCAGCAGCCAGGAGACAACCAAAGGCCUGGGUCCCAACAUGUCCUCAACCCCCGCACAUGAGGUGGGCAGGAGAACCUCAGUUCUGUUCUCCAAAAAGAACCCGAAGACAGCUGGACCGCCCAAGAGGCCGGGCCGGCCCCCCAAAAACCGGGAGAGCCAGAUGACCCCCAGCCACGGAGGCAGUCCUGUGGGGCCCCCCCAGCUCCCCAUCAUGGGCUCCCUACGUCAGCGCAAGCGGGGUAGGAGCCCCCGGCCCAGUUCGAGCUCAGACAGCGACAGUGAUAAAUCCACAGAAGACCCCCCAAUGGACUUACCAGCUAAUGGCUUCAGCGGUGGAAAUCAGCCAGUGAAGAAGAGUUUCUUGGUAUAUCGUAAUGACUGCAGCCUUCCCCGGAGCAGCUCUGACUCUGAGUCUAGCAGCAGUAGCAGCAGCAGCGCUGCCUCAGACCGAACCAGCACAACACCCUCAAAACAGGGCCGGGGCAAGCCCUCCUUCUCUCGGGGCACAUUCCCGGAAGACAGCAGUGAAGAUACCUCAGGCACUGAGAACGAGGCCUACUCCGUGGGCACUGGCCGCGGCGUGGGCCACAGCAGUAAGUACCCUCACCCAAAGCCAGGGAAGCCGGGGGCCCGAUAUCAGGGCCUUGCCAGCCCCCUGGCUGCUGAUCUGCUCCCUCUCUCCCAUUCCUGUGAAGUGGUAAGGAAGAGUCUGGGACGGGGAGCUGGCUGGCUGUCAGAGGAUGAGGACUCCCCACUGGAUGCUCUGGACCUGGUGUGGGCCAAAUGCCGAGGGUAUCCAUCAUACCCAGCUCUGAUAAUUGAUCCAAAGAUGCCCCGGGAAGGUAUGUUCCAUCAUGGGGUUCCUAUCCCUGUGCCCCCCCUGGAGGUGCUGAAACUUGGGGAACAGAUGACCCAGGAAGCCCGAGAGCAUCUCUACCUCGUCCUCUUCUUUGACAACAAGCGAACCUGGCAGUGGCUGCCAAGGACUAAGCUGGUUCCUCUGGGCGUGAACCAGGACCUCGACAAGGAAAAGAUGCUGGAGGGCCGCAAAUCCAACAUCCGCAAAUCAGUGCAGAUUGCUUACCACCGGGCUCUGCAGCACCGCAGCAAGGUGCAGGGCGAGCAGAGCAGCGAGACCAGUGAUAGUGACUGAUAAUGCCCAGCACAGCCCAACCUACAGUGCCCUGCCACCUCUCUCCUCCCCCUUUGCUCACUGUCCUGGAGUGGCACCGGCCUCUGCACUGACUCAUUCCUGGUCUUGGGGCCAGUCUCAGGGGAAGCUGGGUGGGGGAGGUCCCUCCCGCCCUGAGUGCAGCUGGACUGUACAGAACACUCCAAGGGCCCACGGCGGCUCUGCGCAUGGAGAGGGGAGGUCUCACUGGCCAGAGAGCCCCAGAGACCUCAGCAUUGUAGUGCAGGGUGGUGGGCCAAGGUUAGGACACUGCAUAAAACAGGCCAUCCCACCACCUCUGUCUGCUCUGCUCAUGCCAGGAGAAUCUAACUGCCUAGUGGCCUGAGGCCCUUGCAGGUGGUGAGGUGAACGGGCAUCUGCCCAGCCUAGCAGUGGGAUUGAUGUCUGUCCAGCCCGGAAGAGGGGCACUAGGUGACCCCCCUCCCCUGCUGUUGUAAAUACUGUAAUUAGCGGAGAAUUUAAAUUAUUCUCAUUUGUAACUGCGUUUCCGGGUCGCGCCAGAGUCAUUUGGUACUAAAAAAGACUGGGGCCUGUCCCCACUUCCCUUUUUCCCAUAGAUGCCCCCACCUUUCAAACUGGUUUGUAUUUAUUUCAAAGGAAGAAAAUAUAUUGAUUCUUAGAAAAUAAA